ACAGGCGGAACUUGGAAGGCACCGAGCAGCACUGUGGUGAACUGCAGCAUCAAGAGGCAGUAUGGAGAAAAUCAUGGCAGAUCUCUUGCGGAAAACCCUUGAUGAUCUAGGGAGAUAUGCCUUCCCGAGAUUCAAGAGGGAACUCAGUAAAAUCCAGCCCAAGGAGCAGUAUGAGCGCAUCGAACUGGAGAGCCUGAUGGGGCUGUCACGAGCAGCCCUCGCCGAGCUGCUGUGCAGCCACUACGGGCAGCCCUACUGCGUGGAGGUGACAGUCAGAGUGCUGAGGGCCAUGGGCAGGAGCACCCUGGCAUAUACACUCCUGCACAGGCUGACGUAUGGGGCAAGUUUUGUUGAGCGCUACAGAGAAAUUGUGAUCCAGAAAGCCUCUAAUGUGGCUAAUAUCAUCAUGGCUCUCCUCCGUGAACGUGUACUGACCUCUGAGCAGUCUGACAGCAUCAUGUCAGAAGGAACCAACCAGAAGAGAAUGAAGAAGCUCUAUGAACUGGUGCCAACGUGGGAUGUCACAAACAAAUAUUGCCUGUAUAAGGUUCUAUGUGCAACAAAUCCAAUUCUCACUUUAGUAUAUACAGCUGUCCAGGCACAGGGUAGCAUCAUAUCAGAGGGUCCCCAGAAACACAUGGCAGAAUUUCAAGAUCCCUGGGAAGACAUUUUCUAUCUCCAAGGUCCCCAGAAACACACUAUAGAAUUUCAAGGUCUCCAGGCACAGUCCGCCAGUCGACGUGCGGGUGGUCUCCAGGAUCAGUCUGGCCCUAAACCUCAGGGCGGUCCCCCGGCACAUUCUGUCUAUAUAGUUCCGGAUGAUCCCUGGGAAGACAUUUUCUAUCUCCAAGGUCCCCAGAAACACAUGGCAGAAUUACAAGGUCCCCGGGAACAGUCUGGCAUUAAAUUUCAGGGUGAUCCCUGGGAAGACAUUUUCUAUCUCCAAGGUCCCCAGAAACACACUAUAGAAUUUCAAGGUCUCCAGGCACAGUCCGCCAGUCGACGUGCGGGUGGUCUCCAGGAUCAGUCUGGCCCUAAACCUCAGGGCGCUACAGCUGGGGACAUGCCCUCCAAAAAGACAGACUGGUCGGACGAGGGCAGCAGCGUCCAUGGGGCAGCAGCAUCCAUGUUACCACAAUAUACACUCUUUGGAGACAUUGAUAAGAGCACCAGUCCCAGUUCGGGCAGGAACACACGCUCAGGUGCCAUCUGCACGUCAUGUCCCACUGAAGAGGACUGGGCAGAAGAAGUGAAGCCAGAGAUUAUUGGGGACAAACGAGGGAAGAAAGAGAUAUACAGAGCUCACUUUCCUCGGGCUGGUCUGUUCCGCUGUGUCGAGACGGACCUUGAGUUCCUGGUGAGGACAGCCACCAGCAUUGAGUACAAGUACUCCUUCUGGGAACGUCACCUGGCUUCAGGGAUCCCCCCUGUAUGGAUGGAGGUUGGCCCCGUGUUCGACAUCCAUGCCCCGCCAGGCACUGUAGAGGCCAUUCAUAUCCCACACUUCCUGUGUCUUGGAGAGGGGAAGCAAAACACUUCCUGGAUGCAAAUUGCCCACAUUGUUGAUGGGAACCUACUCCUGGAGAAGCCUACAAGGGUGAAGUCAUUCCAUGCUGUGCUGGAGGACCCCAGCUUUUCCCCCAUGGGUGUCAUAUUCCUUUCUGACAAAUUGCCAUUCAUCCCCGUCCAUUCCCUUGUGCUCCUCUAUCGGGUCUUCAGUGCUGCAGACAUCACCUUUCACCUCUACCUGAUCCCCAACCAUCGUGGCCUGGAAAAGGCAGUGGAUGAGGAUGAGAAGAGAAGUGGACACUCGCUCUUGGUGAACAAACCUCCCAACACCAUCCGACCACUGAAAUUUAACAGGUGGUAUCGCGUAUCCGGUCCUUCAAGGGCAGAGAUAAACCCCAAAGAGCUGAAAUUCGUCUACCUGGCAUUGGACAGACGUCAGCUCUUCACCGAGAUCUACACCAAGGACAUGGAGGAAGGAAUGCAGCUCACCUUGACCAAGGUGGUCCAGGAGGGCAAAAGGGACUGCAGGCUACUCUGGGGCACCCUUCUGAGGGCAGGUGACAUCAAGCAGCCGGCCACCUCUUCCACUCCAACAUGCUCAGGUCACUCAUUCUUGGAGCAUGAGCCAUCCUCUGCUCUCCAGGUCAGACAUAAAGGACAUUUUGUGGAGAAACACCGAGAGCAGCUGAUCCAGCGUGUGACAUCAGUCAACAGCAUUCUGGACCGGCUCCUCAAAUAUUCUGUUCUGACUGACGAGCAGUACGAGAGAAUCCGAUCAAACAGCAUCAGGCAGGAGAAAAUGCGCCUCCUCUACAGCUUCAUGCCCAGCUGGGACACCAAAUGCAAGAACCUGUUCCUUAAUGUGCUGAAGGAAACCAAUCACUACCUCAUCCAAGAGCUCCAGGGAUUGUGAGGGCUGACUUGGGAGUGAUGGUGGUUCCAGGCGAACACAGGACUUUGAGGACUGGGGGAGGGUGAGAGAUGGGGAGCCCCAGGAUCGGAUCUAAGGGCUCAGGGGAACCUGCACUACAGUCUCAGGAGGAGCCAGAGGCCAGUGCUGCUGAGGGGGCCCGAUGAGGUAGUGUGGUGAACCUUCCCGUGCACUGCACCACAUGGGGAAAAAGCUGGCCCCAGAGCCAGCAGGUGUGAAAAUAAAAAUAAAAACUUGAAAUGGU